AUGUCGGAAGAAUUGCGUGAGCUCGAAGAGCGUUUCGGUGGUAUCAUUGGUACCAUCGAACGCUACAACCCCAGCAACCUCGGUUUUUUUGCCGAGUACUUCGAGAAGACGCUCGAGGAGAAUUACUACGAUCUUGAUGUGUGCCUGGCCAUCCUCAAACUGUAUCAAUUCAACCCGACGUACUUCAACCUGCCAACCGCUUGCACUGUGCUGCUCAAGGCGCUGACUGGCAUGCCUGACAACGACUUUUUCCUGUGCGCGUCGCUCUUGACGGUUGAGUCCCAGCAACAGCGCCCCAUUCAGCAGCUGAUGUACUUGCACCAACUGCUGGAGUCAUGCCGCUUUGCCGAGUUCUGGGUACGUUGCGGACGGCCGGCCAUCACACGACCACUUUUUGUCACUGUUGUGGGUUUUGUUGAAACCAUCCGCGAGUACGCGGCAUACAUUAUUCAGUCGACCUACCAACACGUCUCGGUGGACGUGGUUCGGGAAAUGACCAACAUCAAGGAUGCCGCGGCGCUCGAGGAGUUUGCUAAGAGCCACGAGUGGACCAAGGAGGGCGACAAUUACAUGGUCUCUCGCAAGGACGAUGUGGUUGUGUCCAAGACUGUGGUGGAGAAGAUUGAGUUUGGCGGUGAGUUGCUGCUGCCUAUUAUUCUUUCAUUCUGCGUAACAUGA